AUGGCUUAUAAUUUUCCGGGUGUGCCAGCGGCUGCUAUGCCACCAAUGGGUAUGCUCGAAUAUCAUAACCAUACAUUUCACGUUAGUCGUUUUCACGUUUCACGUCGUUUGUUGGUACGUAUAUUUAGAAUAUCCUGUGUACUUUUUAGGUAUAGGGCCAAUGGGGCCUCUCGCUCCAAUCGCAGGCCCGCAAAGUUUUAUGGAAUUAGCGGGCCAAGGAUUUCCUCCUAUACCUCCACCGAUACCACUGCCUGGAAUGAACGAUUCUCCAUCUAGAAAUGACCGAAGCGAUCGAAGGGAACGGGACAGAGAAAGGAGGGAAGAUAGAAACGAGAGAGAUAGAAGGGAAGAACGAAGAUUGGACGAUCGAAACAGUAUAAAUUCUAGCAGUAACAACAAUAAUCAUAACAACAAUAAUCAUAACAGCAAUGAAAUUUCAUCGUCAAACACCGGCAACGCUCCAAAUUUGGGACAGACACAAAUGGAACAGACGACAGGAGUUUGGGGUAUGGGUGUAGGGUAUCCAGUGAUGGGAAUGGGUCCAAUGGGCCCAAUGGGACCUAUGAUGAGCGAAAUGACUCUCGGACCGCAUAUGGGACAUACGCAUAGCUACGGACCCAUGAGCAUGGGAAUGAUGUCGCACGACGGUAGUAUGAUAGGUGCGCAAAUAUUAGGACCGGAACAAAUAAUGAACGACGCUGCCCAAAUUAUGAGCAGCGCUUUGCCUCCUCCACCAACGACACCGCAGCAAGGCACCAAAGAAAUCAUACAUUGCAAAAGUUGUACGCUGUUCCCACCAAAUCCGAACGCUCCACCGCCAACAACCCGCGAGAGGCCUCCAGGAUGCAGAACAAUUUUUGUCGGAGGUUUGCCGGAAAAUAUCACCGAGACAAUUAUUCAAGAAAUAUUCGAAAGGUGCGGAGAGAUAACCACUUUGCGACUGUCUAAGAAAAACUUUUGUCACAUACGUUUCGUACUGGAAAGUAGCGUCGAUGCGGCGAUUUAUUUGUCCGGAUACAGAGUUAGAAUAGGAUCCAGCGGCGAUCCUGCAAACACAGGCAGGCUUCACGUGGAUUUUGCUCAGGCCAGGGACGAUCAAUACGAGUGGGAGUGUAGACAGCGUCAACUACAGAGAGAACAACGCCACAGGGAAAGGGUUGAAAAAGAAAGGCAAAGGGCACCGUCCAGUCCUCCUCCAGUGGUGCAUUACACGGACCACGAAGCAUCGAAUAUUUGCGAGAAAAUUAAGCAGGACGACACGUUUAUGAAAGCAGUGCAAGUUGUUGUGACAUGGCUCGAGCGUGGAGACUGUACCAAACGCAACGCAAACACUUUUUACUCGAUGAUCCAGUCGACGAAUUCUCACGUUCGAAGAUUGCUCACAGAGAAAGUCGCGUACGAAGAGGAACUUCAGAAAGCGAAAGAACUCAUGAAAGGAAGGAUGCAAGGGCUCUUGAUACAAUGUACGUUUAUAUAAUCUACAUAUACGUUUAUAUAUAUAUAUAUUUUUUUUUUUCUACAACACAGAGCUCUGUACUACCGUACAUUAUUUAUGUACACAAGAGCAAAUCUACGUACAUAUUGCUUUAUCUGGUAAGUUCUUUUUACCAUAAAGUUCGAAAGGGUUCUAAAAUUCUUUGA